AACAAACAUGAACGAUGGAAAAGGGACCCUGGACACCUGCCUGGCAGAAGCCCAGAGGCUGGGAGGGGAUGACUUGGACACACUGUGGUGUAGCCUUAAGAAUCAGACACAGAAGGGGAGCCCCUGCUCUGCACAUGUGGAGGUAAAGCCACCUAGGGUUGAUGGCAGUGGAAAUUUCCAGGAUGAGCAACAGACCUGUCUGCAAGGCCACCUACCUGGCCUGAAAGUCUCCCUGAGGGUGAAACCAGAUGUGCUUCUCCUGUUUCCAGAGUGAACAAUUGGGUACAACAAAAUUCUUCCAAGUGGCAAAAGUACAUCAAGUGGUUUGCAGAUAGCACUGGGGAUAUUGGCACUGCUUUUCAAAUUAGCAAAUCCCUUAUGCCAUAGUUAAGGUACAGUCAGAACAGU